UGAGCCUGUGUCGGCUCGACGUCUUGCCAAUUUAGUUAAGAUUCAACCUCGCUUGACUCAUGUUUUUAGUCUGUACUCUGUCGUAUUCAUAUUUUCGUGUCCUUUAAUUUGUGUAUUUUCUAUUAUUCUUAUCAUGGUUGUUCCGAAGACCAGGGUAGAGAAAAGGGAGGUCUCCGCUGUUUUAUAAUUCGUGAAGUGUGAUCAGCAAAUCGGCAAAAGAAUUCUUGAUGCCAUCGAUGAGUUCAACCUUGUUUUUCUACGAGUUCUGUGCCUACAAUGUCAGUUAAGAUCGUGUCUCCUCACUUAAUUGUAAGUUCUUGGACAAUGUGAACUGGAUCAAACCGAACCGAAAGCGUUAAUUGGAAACAGCGCCUCAUCAACGUUUGGAAUGAUUGUACCAAGAUACAUUGAAACAUAGUUAGCAAAUAUGAGUAAAAUGAAUGCGAAGAAAUAUUUAAUCUGCGGAAUUUUCCUCCUGAAUUGCGUCGGUUUUGCGGCACCGGCCAGAAUUUUAUUUUUAUUCCCGAUUUCACUUGGCAGCCACUUCCGAGCUUUUUUUCCUGUGGUGGAAGAACUAGCAGCCAGAGGGCACGAGAUCACGGCCUAUGUAAAUUCGGAUCUCAAGCGAGCAGAACCUAUGAGGAAUUACAGGGAAAUAGUACGUGCUGAUCCAAACGCGACUAGCUUCAAAGACUUUGAUUUUAUCGGAAUGCGGGAGGCAUCGAUCUUCCAGUACACGCUGAAUCUAUGGAACAUUUUCGCACUGAUGACUGAUGACGCCCUCCGAUUAUCGGCUCUGCAAGACCUGAUGAGGUCUCGGGAGCAAUUCGACGUCAUCAUAGCGCACGGCGCCACCAUCCUUCAGGAGCCUCUUCUGGGAUUCGCACACAAAUUCGGGGCUCCGGUCAUAAACCUGCACCCAAUCGCCGUCACACCAUUGAUGGCCUCCCUAACCGGUAUCCCGAACCCUCUAUCGUACGUCCCCGACUUUCGGCUCCCCUACCCGGAGCGAAUGAACUUCUGGCAACGUAUCAACAAUUUAAUAAUCGCAGCUUUCGAUGUCCUCGGUGGUCAUUUUUACUUCCUCCCGUCGCAAGAGGAGGUCAUGCGCAGGAAUUUUCGGUCGGAGGCACUGCCUCCUCUCAGAGACCUCAUCGCCAAUAUUUCCUUACAUCUCGUCCUUAGCCACCCGAUGAUGCACAUACGACCUUAUGGUCCGAACGUGGUCCAAAUUUCAGGAACACAGAUCAAGCCAGCAACCGAGUUACCUGAGGACUUAAAAAAAUUCAUGGAUGAAGCACAGGACGGCGUGAUUUACUUCAGUCUCGGGUCGUUCAUACAGCCCAGUUUCCUCUCAGAUCAAAUGAAGCGCGUUCUCACGGAAACACUAAAAUCCGUGAGGCAGAGGGUCAUUUUAAAAUGGCCGGAAAAAUUCGAUGGAGACCCGAAACACAUUUUCCAAAAGUCUUGGUUGCCUCAAACUGCAAUCCUUGCACAUCCGAACUGUGAAUUGUUCAUAACUCACGGAGGCAUCAACAGUCUGGUAGAAGUGAUGACUGCUGGAGUACCCACCCUCGGGCUCCCAAUGUUUGCCGACCAGUUUCACAAUGUAGCCUACUACGAGCACAUUGGCGUUGGAUUGAAUGCCAAUAUCGACGAUAACUUCACAAUCGAAGAAUUUACAAGAAAAAUAAAUAGAAUCUUGAACACACCUUCGUUUGUAGAAAAUUCCAAGCGAUGGGCAGCUAUUUACGGAGAUCUACCUGAAACAAGUUUGGAGAGAGCAGUUUUUUGGGUCGAGUAUGUUAUCAGGCACAAAGGGGCUCACCACUUGAAACCAGCCUCCGCUACCAUGCCAUUCCACGAGUAUAUGCUGUUGGAUGCUAUUGCUUUUUGCUCUGCAGUUUUCAUUUUAAUCCUUUACAUUCUGAUCUGGAUUGUUUGUAAAACCCUUAGGAUUCUUAAACUAAUUGUAAGUUCCAAAGGAGCACCCGAAAAGGGUCACUUGAGUAAAAAACGUGACUGAACCAAAAGCUCUGGAAAAUUUUAGGUCCCUUCACAGUGAAUGGAGGAAAAGAUAGCUAGAGCCAAUACCAGGCUGUGUAGAAAUAAUGCUCAACCAGCAACAGCUCACCUACACAUUCGGUUCCCCUUGUUAAGACUUGGAUGAAUAUUUGUGAGGAAGGAAACUAUGUUGAAACAUGCUACCUAUGAUAGGUAUUACACUACGUUUCUGACGUUAUUUCCACUGUGAAAAGAGGAGAAUAAACGAAAAAAGACUGAAAAUAGUAAAAAUAUAUUCAGAAAAUAACUUUUAAUUUACAAUAAUGGUACUCAGCCAAAUAUUUCACUAAAAUUUAGAUAUAAUACAGUUGUGAGAAAAAUUCUCACAAAAAAUAUAGAUUUUGACAAGAAUUUACAGCAAUAAUUUAAAAUUUGAUUUGGACUUACAGGGGAUUAACUUAAAAUUUUGAACACACUUUCCACCUUAACAAGUUUCUACCUGGAAGCAGGCAUUUAAACAAUAGAUACAAAAAUAGUACAUGUCUUAAUUUUUUUACAAAUAUUAUCAUUAGACUACAGAGAUCCAGAAUAAUUAAUACUAACACGUAUAAAAAGAGAUGAGACAGACACGCUUCUUAUGAAAAACAAAAUAUCAUUAUUAUGUUGCUACACCUAUUGGUAGUUGAUUUUUAAGUAUAAUUUCACAAUUGUGACAUAUGUUUCAGAUACCAAUAAGUUUGACUUUUUUGAUAAAUGAUGAUUAAAACUGAUAAA